AUCACUCCGUUGUCCAUCCGCUCGGCCACCUGGUGCGUCCUAUUUCCAACGACCACCGGAGCGGGCUCAUCGCGUCGUCCUUUCCUUAGGUAGGGGCAUAAUAACGGUCGCGGCGGCACGGCAGCAGCGCAGACGUGAACAUGGACGGCGAAGCGGCGAGCGACGCAAAGCGACCGCGACUCGACGACGAGGCGGGUACACCGGCGGCCGGGGCCGACAAUGGCGAGCAGGCGGACGACGCGCGUCCCAACGGUGACGGUCCGGACGCCGCCGCCGACGCCGCUGACAAGGCCAAGCGCGGAUUCCGCGUCGAGGCCACGGGCUGUGCCGGCACGCUGCUCUUCACCGGGGGCACCAACUGGGACACGAUCGGCCGCAGACCCAAAGACAAGCAGAAGGCGGCCGCCGCCGGUGGCUCCCAGGAGCGCAACCUGUGGGGCCCCCACCGGCUGGCCUGGCCGCACCGGGUCAAGGCCGUCUUCUCUGGCUGCUCGGCUUGCCACACAGUGCUGCUCACUGAACAGGGACAGGCCUACACCUGGGGGCGCAAUGACAAGGGCCAGCUGGGCCAGUGUGACCUGAAGCGGCGUGACCUGCCCGCCCUGGUGGACACGCUCAAGGACUCGCUGGUGGUGUCUGCGGCAUGUGGCCGUGCACACACGCUCUUCCUCACCGACCAUGGCUCAGUGUUCGCCUGUGGGGACAACAAAAUGGGCCAGUGUGGCGUUGGCUCUCAGAACGCCUCCGUCCAUGUGCCAACACGCGUCGCCUUCAAGCUUCGGCCAGCCGUGCGUGUCUCGUGUGGGGGAGAGUUCUCUGUGCUCGUCGACUGUCGGGGCCAUGUGUACACCUUUGGCUGCCCCGAGUACGGCCAGCUGGGCCACAACACUGACGGCCGCUACUUCGUCACCAGCAACAAGCUGCAGUUCAAGUGUGAGCUGGUGCCUCGGCGUGUCCAGGUGUUCAUUGACCGCAACCGUGAGGGGCAUGUUGUCUCCGUCGACGAUGUCCACAUUGUUGAUGUGGCAUCGGGGCUCAACCACACGAUAGCCCUGGACGAGCGCAAGCGGUGCUUCUCGUGGGGCUUUGGCGGCUAUGGGCGACUGGGCCACAAUGAGCCGAAGGACGAGAUGGUGCCCCGCCUCAUCAAGGCCUUCGAGGGACCCAACCGGGGACUCUGCUCAGUCUAUGCGGGUGGCACGUUCAGCAUGGCUGUCAGCGAGCUCGGGGUGCUCUAUUUCUGGGGCAUGAACAACCAUGGUGGCGAGGCAACCAUGUACCCCAAGCCCAUCCAAGACCUGACGGGUUGGCACGUCCGGGGUAUUGGCUGUUCCAACAAGAGCAUCGUGGUGCUGGCUGAUGAGAGCGUCAUAUCUUGGGGGCCACACCCCACCUACGGCGAGUUGGGCUAUGGCGAAGGUCGCCAGAAAUCUUCGACGACCCCCCAGGAGGUGCGCCUGCUGGAGGGCAUCCACGUGCACACUGUGGCCUGUGGCCUGGGCCACUCGGUGUUCAUUGCGAGGGACGAGAGCGAGGAGGAGCGGGCCCGCAUUCGCCGCCUGCCCGAGUUCCAACCCUGAGCUCACCCCUGCUGCUGUACAUACACCACCACUGGCAUCAUAUGUAUCCCUGGCACCCGACACGAUCAGCGGCCAAUCAUUCGUUCGCUUUAUUAUUCCACCAUGCUUCCAGCAAAUACUCACAUUGGCAUUAACUGUGGGAGCAUCGGGUGGAAAGCAAAUGCGUCAUGGCUUGUGCCUCAGGUAGCCAAAGUUGUGAGCAAUAAGCUGCCCUGAAUUGCCUUCUGGUUGUGUGAGAAUCUCCUGCCAUUUUUGUUGCUUCUUUCUUUUUCCCAUCACCUUUUUGCGAACUGUACAGAAAGUUUUGUUUUAGUCGUGUGUGACUGGAUUGUAGCCACGUAAAGUGAUUGGCCACUCAUCAUGUUUGUGCAACAUGACCUCAUUGUAUGAUCUCAGGACAAUAGAUUUUAUGUUUUGAUAAUAAAAGACAAUUUUCAAAGCA